AUGUCAAGCGCUACAAAGCAGCUUCAGAGAGCCGCUCGCAUUAUUCUCAUUGGUGCGCCCGGAGUAGGCAAAGGUACACAAUCGGAGCGAUUGUUGUCUCGGUUUCCACAGUUGGCCUCGAUUAGCUCCGGUGAUCUAUUGAGAGAGAAUGUGCGCCGACGGACACCGCUAGGUCUUGAAGCCCAGACCGCAAUGCAGUCUGGCAAUCUUGUCCCGGACUCGAUGAUCCUCAGCUUGAUCUCCUCCGAAUUAAAUUCCAGGGGCUGGCUGCUUUCCUCAGAAAAGACCGAAUCUUUACCACUAUCCUCCAACUCAUCCUCAACAUUAUCAUCCUCUGCAUCCUUCAUCCUAGACGGGUUCCCUCGUACCGCCUCUCAAGCCACGAGCCUCGACACUUUAGUCCCCGUCAACUUCGUCGUUCACCUCAAUACCCCCCCAUCAGUUAUUCUCAAGCGUAUCGCAUCUCGCUGGGUCCAUGAGCCAUCAGGACGCGUGUAUAAUACAGACUUCCAACCGCCAAAAGUUCCCGGCAAGGACGACGUCACGGGCGAGCCAUUGACACAGCGACAAGACGACUCCAUCGAUACCUGGAAGCAGCGAUUGAGUAAGUUCGAUGAGACCAGCAAGGCUCUGCUGGAGCAUUAUGAUCGCGUUGGCUGCCUGUGGCGUGUGAAUGGAAACAGCAGCGACGAGAUUACACCUCAGCUAUUCGCGGAGUUUGAGCGACGAUUUUGCUGA